UUGUCGUGAUCGGACGUACUGCGGGAUUCUUCCGUGCUUGUAGAGUGAAAUAGUUUUGUGGCUUUAUUGGGGCUUGCCCGCCGCAUCAUGGAGCUAAAUAAUGUUGAAAUCGGCGGUGAAUCAUCAAAGACCCACGCUGAAGCUGCUACCACACCUUCGAGCGAUGAGAAGGUCAAGCCGCAGUUGUUAUACGCCAUUAAUGACAAUCCACCGUGGUAUCUGAGCAUCUUCCUGGCCUUCCAACAUUACCUCACCAUGAUCGGAGCCAUUGUCUCAAUACCCUUUAUACUGACGCCGGCACUGUGCAUGUCCGAUGAGGACGCAAAUCGCGGUAUUAUCAUUUCAACAAUGAUCUUUGUCACCGGCAUCGUGACCUACUUCCAGGCCACUUGGGGCGUGCGUUUGCCCAUUGUCCAGGGUGGAACUAUCUCUUUUUUGGUUCCGACUCUCGCCAUUUUGUCCUUACCGCAGUGGAAGUGUCCGGCGCAAGCCGAGAUGGAUGCCAUGAAUCAGGCCGAUCGGGAGGAACUGUGGCAAGUGCGCAUGCGCGAGCUAUCCGGCGCCAUCGCUGUAUCUGCGAUGGUGCAAGUCAUCCUUGGCUACACAGGCCUGGUGGGCAAGAUCCUAAAGUACGUGACUCCAUUGACAAUUGUGCCCACGGUGUCUCUGGUGGGUCUCACACUAUUUGAGCAUGCGGCGGAGACUGCCUCGAAGCAUUGGGGUAUUGCUGUGGGAACCACUGGAAUGCUGACACUCUUUUCGCAAAUAAUGUCCAAUGUAUCCAUACCGGUGCCGGCGUAUCGCAAGGGUCAUGGAGUGGAGGUGCGCCAGUUCCAGUUGUUCCGCCUCUUCCCCGUCCUACUGACAAUUAUGAUCAUGUGGGGACUAUGCGGCAUCCUAACGGCUACGGACGUCUUUCCACCGGGCCAUCCAUCUCGAACUGAUGUGCGACUCAAUGUGCUGACCAGCGCCAAGUGGUUCUACGUGCCCUAUCCGGGCCAGUUUGGUUUGCCCUCAGUGACGCUGUCCGGCGUGCUGGGAAUGCUGGCAGGAGUGCUGGCGUGCACAGUGGAGUCGCUGAGUUAUUAUCCCACUGUGUCCCAGAUGUCCGGUGCUCACUCGCCGCCGCUGCAUGCUAUCAAUCGGGGCAUCGGCACCGAGGGAUUAGGAACUGUGUUGGCCGGACUCUGGGGCGCCGGAAAUGGAACUAAUACAUUUGGUGAGAACGUUGGUGCCAUUGGAGUUACCAAGAUCGGAUCGCGUCGGGUGAUUCAAUGGGCUGCUUUUAUCAUGGUGCUCCAAGGAGUAAUUGGAAAGUUCGGUGCCAUCUUCAUCCUCAUUCCCGACUCCGUUGUGGGGGGGAUCUUUUGCGUGAUGUUUGGCAUGAUCAUUGCCUUCGGCCUGUCUACGCUGCAGUAUGUUGACCUGCGAUCAGCGAGAAAUCUCUACAUCUUGGGACUCUCCAUAUUCUUCCCCAUGGUGCUGUGCCGCUGGAUGCAAUUGCAUCCCGGGUCAAUCGACACCGGCAACACCACUGUGGAUUCCACGUUGUCGGUGUUGCUGGGCACAACGAUACUGGUGGGAGGAGUUCUGGGAUGCCUGCUGGACAAUCUGAUACCUGGAACUCCGGCGGAAAGGGGCCUCAUCGAGUGGGCCAACGAGAUGCCCCUGGGUGAUGACAACAUCAACGACGGCACAGCCACUGACUAUGAUUUCCCGUGUGGUAUGGAUGCUAUUCGCAGCUGGCGGUGGACCUACAAAAUCCCGUUUUUACCCACCUAUAAGCUCCAGAAGCAGAGUUAAACAAAUGCACCGAUAAUUAAUUUGGUAAUUAGUUUUGUAAUUAAUUCAAUUCACAUAUUCUUCUAUUCGUGUUUAAUUUUUUUUUAGAAUCCACCGCUUCUUCUCACGCUCUAAAUACAUUUUUAAUUUUGAAUUCAGACUCUACCCAAAACACUUUAUUUAUUUAGUUUGUUUCAUAAUUUGUUAAUUUGCUUUUUAAAUUCGCUUAUUGUUUGUGACUUCUUCGCUCGCAAUUCACAUAUUUUCUAUUAUUUGGCAAUAACAUCAAUAGUUCUAAGCAAACGAAGGACCUUAUAAUAAAUUUCGAAAGCAA